AUUAUUCUAAUGUCUAAUUAAAACAUCUACAAAUGUAGAAAACUGAUCAGAGAUCAGGUAAACUCAUAGGGUAAAGCUCAUAGACACUUGUUCAAUAGUUCUCAGUGAAUCUGCAUGAUUCAUGGGUUUACUUUAUCAUCGUCCUCUACCGGUGAACCAUUGAAAUUUGGUUUCGUACAUGGUUUCGUAACAGUUAUGACGUUAUGAAGCCUAGUUUACUGAAAUCAUGUGACUUUGGCAGUUUGAUAACACUCCGAAUCACUAAAGCACGUGUUUUGAAAUAUUUUUUUAGAAUCAAACAUACUUCUUUACAUAUUGAUGCAUAUGCAUAUAUUUUUUAUUUAAAGAUAUUUCAUUUUAAACAUGUUAAAUAGUGCUAUUUAUGUUACCAAUUUGUGGCACUGUGUCCAAUGCAGCUUUCUAAAAUGACUGCUCCAUCAUCCCAAACAAAAGGCUACACCCACUUCAGCCCAUCAUUUCAUUGGGCAGACAUGUAAGGUGAUAUAUGUAGGUGAUAUAUAAACUAGGUCAAUAAACCCAUUUAUCACCAUAUUUUGGAAACUCAUGAUCAUAUUUCAGUGCAAAAUUAUCCAAAGGGUAGGAUGAAAUUGAAUAUUGUUUCUGCUGCUGUUUUUCCAAACGUGUUCUUAGAGCCUGUAUCUAAUGUUACAGUCCUGUUCAAUUAUUUGCAUAUUCAGGGUGGAGUCAAGCAGCAGAUCCUGUUGUGAUGAAUAGACUGAUAAAAAAGACUCUUUGUCACUUGAGACUUGAGGCUUCUCCAACACCAGGAGUUUUUGUCCUAUUUUUCUUGUUGUUUGCUAAAUUCAUUUAUGUAUUUCAUUAAUAAAAUUCUACUUUUGGGUUGCUUUAAUUUGCGUGUGGCCUCUUCGUUGAGCUGCCUUGAGCCAGGUGGAUUGUAACUCUACCCGCUUUUAUUUUCUGAAGGCAGAAUGUGGUGAAAAUGAAGCUUCUCUUUAAUUUGCUUGCAGUGAUCUUGAUUUUACUUGACAAAGGAAUGUCUGGUGUUGGUACAGAUAAAGUGUCAGUGUCUGUGAUUGAGGGAGAUUCAGUCACUCUGAACACUGGUGUUCAAACAAACCAACAAGAAGAGAUUAAAUGGUAUAUUAAUGACACUCGCAUCGCUCAAAUCAGGGGAGAUCUCAGUAAGAUCUGUACAGAUGUUCAGUGUAAUAAAGGAACUGAGAGAUUCAGAGACAGACUGAAGCUGGAUCAUCAGACUGGAUCUCUGACCAUCAUGAACAUCACAACCACAGACUCUGGACUUUAUGAACUGAAGAUCAUCAUCAUCAGCAGCAGCAGCGACAAGGCCUUCAAUGUUACUGUCAGUGAUGUUCCUGCUGCUGAACUAUAUGAAAUUAAGGAGGGAGAAUCUGUCACUUUAGAUUCUGGAGUAAUAAGAAAGCCAAAUGAUGAGAUGACAUAUUUUAUUGAGAUUUCCAUCGCUGAAAUCACUGGAGAUCAGAGUAAGAUCUGUACAGAUGUUCAGUGUGAUGACAGAUUCAGAGACAGACUGAAGCUGGACAAUCAGACUGGAUCUCUGACCAUCACAAACACCAGAAACACAGACUCUGGAGAAUAUAAACUGAAGAUCAUCAUCAACAACAGCAGAUUCAGCAUCAGCAGAGUAAAGAGAGUCAAUGUUACUGUCACUGCUGUUCCAGGUUCAGGUCUGUCUUCAGGUGUUGUAGCAGGAAUAGUUGUUGCUGUUGUUGUUGUUCUGCUGGUUGUAGCUGUAACUGCUGGUGUGAUUCGCAAGAGUCACCGCAAGAGUCAUACAGCAGUUCAACAGAAUGAGAAUAAGUAACUUGCCACCUGAUCCAAAUUACAUUCCUUUGAGGCAGAUGGGAAUGUGACUAAAAAUAUGACUUUUAAAGAAACAUUAAAUAAAAAAUUUAAAUAUUUAGUGCCAGAUUUACUAACAGCUUGUGCCACCGCAAACCCUCUCGUCAUUAAAAAAUCUACUGUCAGGAUUUACUGAAGACACGCAGUGAAAAAAUGUUGCUGAAAAAGAGUGGACACAAAUUUCUUUGCACCUGACCUUAUUACAUAUGCAUUUAAGUUCCCCCGUUCAGACGCUAAAUUUAUGGGAGAAGAGUAAAUGAAUCACGCAACACCAUUUACUAAGGUUUGUGCUUGUCAAUUUACUGAUAUUUGUGCCAUUAUUUAAAGCAUGUCUUACAGCAGACACUAAUUUGCACUGCUCUUGAUAGAUUGUGUUGGUUAUUAUGGAAAUGAUCUGCUCCAUCUGUGCUCUUUAAUGUGCGCAUAGUCAGUAAAUCAUCCGCAAAACUUUACACUCCCAUUCGUGCUUUCAUAGGAUUAGAGCGUUCCCACACUGAUUUUCCCUGUUGGCCCUAAGCAUUAAACGGUAUAUGCAAAAAUUUAAGAAACAAAACACGUUACCAGCAAUAGCUGCGAGUGAUUGAUGUCUUUGAGUGUGUAGAGGUACAGGAACCGUGAGACAUUAGCCACGCUUACUUUGCACUUUUUUUUAUUCCGAAUAAAGUCAUUCCAAAUGAAAGAUUCGGUGGAGUGUUUACAUGAGGUGUUAUCUAAUCCGAUAUGGUGUUUACAUGCACUUUCAAUCGGAAUGACUGCACACAUUAGUCUAUAUCCUGUUUGCCGCCGUGUAUUCAUGUCAACAUGGAGGUCCGUUAUUUCUUAUGCACGCUAUUUUUAUGUAAUGUGUUGCUCUUAAUCAAGCAACAGCAUGACAUUUGUAGCAUAUUACUGCUGGAUAUGAGGAAAAGACUCAAGUAGCAUCUCAACACUACCCCUCCAUCCUCCAUAAAGCAGAAGCGUGUGGAUGAAGGUCCGUAGUGAUGAUUCACUUAGUUCCUUCAGUGUAUUUAAUAAAUGUGUUGUUUCAGUUUUACUCCAGUUUAAUUUUGCUGCUGCCAUUGUGCAUUCUGACGACCUCUGACCGCUUGACGUGAUGGCGUAGAUGCAAAGUAAUCGGUUUAACACGCUUACAUGGCAGACUUGUUUGAUUUAUAGAAAGGUUUAUCAUUCGGUUUGGGCAUUUUUAUUCCGAUUGUGGUGUUUAUAUGGAGCAUUUUCAUUCAGAUUGGACUUUUAAACCCAUUACAAUACUCCAUGUAAACGCACCUAGUGUCUUUUUCUUGUCAUUUGCACUAUAAUGCUGAUCUAGUUUGACAUAUCAGUUAUUUUGUCCCGUCUGUUUACAUUCUCUUAUAACGGAUAGAACUGAUUGCUUUUCCAUAAUUACCUCAACAAGACAGGCAUUAUGAGCAAGAUUUUACUCCUCAACACAAGGACAGUCUGCUCUACUGAUGCUGUAGGUGCUUUUACUGCUAUUACUGGAGAAGACUGUAUCAAUAUUAUAGUUUACACACUAACAAUUAGUCAUCCACCUUCAUCAGAAAACACUUUCCACCAGCCAUACUGGAACCAAAACCAGACUUAAUAAGCGUGGAAAGUCAAUGAUUUAUUUUAAAGUUGGUGAAACACUUUGCUGAGCGUUUAUAUUAUUAUGCAUGUAAUAUAUGUGUUACACUGCGUUAAACUUGAAAAUUACCUGAUAGAGGAAUGUUACUGUCACAGUUCCCGUCUGCUUUGGACUCCAUUUCCCAUGAUCCUCCCUGGCCCACACCUGCACUCACUCUACCACUCAGCAAUCAUCACCCACACCUGCAAGUCAUCCUCUCAUCACCACAGCUCUACUUAAGCACUCCACUCACCUCAGUUCACUGUCUGUUUGUGUUUGUACUAAGGACUUUCCAUGUUUGUUCCCAAGACUUCCAAGUUGUUCUACUCCAGUGAGUUUACCCAGUGUCUGUGAUAUAUAUAUAUAUAUAUAUAUAUAUAUAUAUAUAUAUAUAUAUAUAUAUAUAUAUAUAAUAUAAAUAUAUAAAUAAUGCUCUAGACUUGUGGUUUUCCUUGUUCCCAUUUUUGGAUAUGUAUUUCAUGUGGUGCUCACUGUAAAUAUGUAAAUGGCCUCAAGAGGUGUGACGUGAAGUUUAUUUAAGUCAAGUAAGGCCCAAUCCCAAUUCUAUUUUAUACCCCUUCCCCUUGCCCCUUGAAACAGAGUGUCAAGGGGUAGGGUUGAAAAUAUUCCCCUAAUAAAUGGGACACCACUACUAGACCGUUAUAAGUCGUCGCUAGCUCCUACGUCAUAGAUGCACCGAUGUUUAUCACACACUUCUAAGAUGCCAUCGAUAGCUGUAGUGAUCUCUGUUGCUUGGGCGACAGCUAUUUUACUAUUAGUGCACAUAUCUCACAGUAAUCAGGCACAAGCAACAUAAACGUUUAACAGACUCACUCCCAAAGUUGUUUUGCUGUGUAUUUCGAUUUCAAGAAACGCUGCUCGUUUUCUGCACGAAAACGUAUGAGCCUGCGUGUUUCCUCCGGAGUCCCUACAUACAAUACUGAUGAAUAAGCACGCAAACUGAAUGCACUUUUUGUUUAUAUCAUGUAACAUACACGUAUUUAUGGACGUAACCACAACAAAACAAUACAUUAAUCAGGCAUGCGGCAAAGAAGACAAUUAGCUGCCACCGGAUUUGAAUUUAUGUUGUCAAAUCAACGCGGGUUUCAAUAAAAUAUAAAAAAAAAUGUUGUGGAACUAUCAUAAAGUAAAAAACAUUAGCAAACUUUUUUCAUAGCGAUUUUAACAAAUCUUUUUUCGGAGAACAUAACCGUAUACAUGAACACAAGAUUAAAGGCAACAUAAAACAAGUGAUUAUUUAUUACUAAAAUACUGUUUACCGUAAGAAAAUACUUACAUUUAUGGGUCUCUCUGCUCGCUCGGUCGGCCAUGUUGGAAAUUUCUCAUACCCCUUCGUCUGAAGUGUGGUCCCGAAAAAUCUUCGUUUGAAGGGCUACCUGGCCCUUCCCCCUACCCCUUCCCCUCCAACCAAAUGAGAAUUGGGACACCCCUACCCCUUCACGUGAACGCGCGAGACAAAGGGGAAGGGGAAGGGGUAAGGGGUAGAAUUGGGAUUGGGCCUAAGUGUUUUAAGAAAAGUUAUUUAAUUGUCAAAGCUAAAUGCUAAAAUCCUGUGCUAAAGAUUAAAAAAAAAAAAAAAAAAAAAAAAA